UCUUUAAUCUCUGUACUUUAAAUAAUUUUAUUUCGAUUUUUCUACUUUUAAAUUUUUUUCCCUAUAAACGUCCACUCCACGCUUGUGAAUCCGAUUCCCAAUUUUGAGGUUCCAUGGCCACCAAAAUCAAAAUCAAAAUCUCCUUCUUCAUCUUCUUCCUCUGCUCCCAUGUCUUAGCUCAGAGUUUGGCCCAAAACGAAGAAGAAGAAGUUCAGAGAUCUGAGUUUCCACACGAUUUCUUCUUUGGAACUUCCACUUCCUCUUACCAGAUUGAAGGAGCUUUUCUUGAAGAUGGAAAGGGAAUCAGUAAUUGGGAUGUUUUUGCUCAUAUUCCAGGAAAAAUCAAGAACAAUGACACCGGAGAUGUCGCCGACGACCACUACCACCGCUUUCUGGAAGAUAUUGAGCUGAUGCAUUCAAUGGGAAUGAACGCGUAUCGCUUUUCCAUUUCCUGGACCAGAAUUUUGCCUCGAGGAAGGUUUGGAAAAGUCAACAGAAGAGGGGUCAUCUUCUACAACAAAAUCAUUGACCAUUUGUUGCUAAAGGGUAUAGAGCCAUUCGUGACAAUUCACCAUCACGACCUACCAGUUGAACUCGACGAGAAAUAUGGAGGUUGGAUGAGCUCUCAAAUUCAGAAAGAUUUUGUAUACUUUGCAAAAAUUUGCUUCGAAGAAUUUGGAGAUAGAGUGAAGCAUUGGAUGACCAUAAAUGAACCGAAUUUGGUGACGUUAAUGGCAUAUAUAAAAGGCGUCUACCCACCGGCCCAUUGCUCACCGCCUUUCGGAAACUGCUCCACUGGCAACUCGGAUAUCGAGCCUCUCAUUGUGAUGCACAAUAUGUUACUUGCCCAUGCCAACGCCGUUCGCCUUUACCGCACCUAUUUUCAAGGAAAACAAGGCGGAUCCAUAGGAAUAGUGGCAUUUACACACAUGUAUGAGCCACUAAGAGAUGAGGAAUCAGACAUACAAGCUGUGGAAAGAGCCUUAAUUUUCAACAUAGCCUGGGUGUAUGAUCCAAUUGUAUAUGGAGAUUAUCCUAAGGAAAUGCGAGAGCUUUUGGGAAGCCAACUUCCAAGCUUGUCAGAUGAUGAGAAAAAUGUAAUGAGAGGAAGUUUGGACUUUAUUUGCAUCAACCAUUAUACCACUCUUUAUGCAAAAGAUUGUCUUCACUCUCCUUGCUCUAAUGGCGCAGACCGUCCUAUAAAAGGAUUUGUCGACACCCUUGGAUAUCGAGAUGGAGUCCCCAUUGGAAAUUUGACGGGAGUAUCAAGAUUUUUUGUUGUUCCGAGAGGCAUGGAAAAGACUAUUAACUAUGUUAAAGAAAGAUAUCCAAACAAGCCCAUCUUUAUCACAGAAAAUGGAUAUUCUAUGCCACCUGACGAAGGUAAAAAUGUUGAGGAAAUUGUAAAUGACUUCCAACGAGUCAAAUUUCACAAGAGCUACCUCGCUUCCUUGUCUAGAGCAAUGAGGAAUGGUGCUGACGUGAGAGGGUAUUUUGUAUGGUCCUUAAUGGACAACUUCGAGUGGGCCGAUGGAUUGGGCACAAGGUUUGGGCUUUUGUACGUGGACUGGCACACACUUGAGCGCCGGCCCAAACUCUCGGCCCAAUGGUUUGCUUCUUUUCUCCGCGGCCACCCAAAUGGCUUUGAUUCCAUCUAAAGGCAUGUUGGGGAAUCUUUUCAAUAUUUUCUUUAGUUUAAUAAUCGUGGGACCAGAGAUUGAACGGUUCAUCCUGAAAAUGAUAAUAGAUAUGUUAUUAAUUUGAAUUAUACUCGAAUUUAAAAUGGGUGUGUUUAUGAGUA